AGAAAUUAACGUGCUGUUGGAAGUGGAAGAGAAUUGAAAUCGCGCGCUGCUGCUCCAUUCACUUGUUUUCAUGUCAAAGUCCAUGGCUGGAUCGCUCAAUUAAUCGUCUGGAACUGGACGGAUUAGCACGGCGACACUAUUAACCAGUGGGUUCCUCUCACUAUUGCCUGUAUUUGAUACUGACGUUAGCGCCAAAUUCGAAAUGUCAAGAACAGAAAACCGAACGUAACACGGACCAUAUACCAUAUCGCUUAUCUUGCGCCGGCGAGAGAUAGUGGCUAACCUGCUCCUCCGCCUUGCUUUGCUGCCCAUCGGAUUUGCAUCGAUGUUUGGAGCCAUGCGGCUUUUUCACCUGCCCAUUCUGCCUCGUUUCAUACACACACACAGCAUGCCCAGGGAUUUUCUUCGGCUCGAAUUCUGGAAAUACUGAGCCACUGAGCCGUCAUAACCGCCGCCACGCCCACUCCGGGGCCCCGAGAUCUCCGGUUUCGAGCUAGUGACGCCAACGUGGUCGGCCGCCGUCGUCAUCAACGUCGUCGUUUCCGUCGAACUGCGAGGUUAUUUAAUGUUGGCCACAAGUCUUCUGGCUCGCAGAAACGUUCUAAACCUGCCGGCGUUCAAUACAUGGCGUUCGCGUCUCCGCAUCGAUAGACACCGCCCAUCAUCCACGGUAGCCCCCAAAAUCCCACUAAAGGAGGUUCCACAGCCACAAUUUACCCGAGCCUACACCGCCUCCAAAGCCAUGGAUACCCCUGCGGAUGUGUUCCGCGGCAUUACGGACCGCUUUGCCGGAGUCACAGUUGAUGGUCGCGAGGAGAAGGUGGACAAAGGCAGCUUCCAGGACAAACUAAAGAAAUCCCUUGACUUUUGGACAACGAAUAAGAACCGGGCGAUUUGGUUCCGUGUGUACCAAGAGCAGGCCGACUGGGUGCCCGUUCUGGCGGAGAACGGCUUCGACUUCCAUCAUGCACGAACUGGCGUGGUGACCAUGUACCGCUGGCUGCCGGAGAACGAGUCCAACAACCUGCCCAACUUCGCGCACACGCUGAUGGGCGUCGGCGGGCUGGUGAUCAACGAAAAUAACGAGGUUCUGGUGGUGUCCGAUCGGUAUGCGAUGAUACCCAACAGCUGGAAGCUGCCCGGCGGCUAUGUGGAGCCGCGGGAGAAUCUCAUCGAUGCGGCGAUCCGGGAGGUGGACGAGGAGACGGGAAUCCGGACCGAGUUCCGGUCGGUGGUCAGUCUGCGACAUGCGCACGGCGGCACCUUCGGCUGCUCCGAUCUCUAUGUGGUCAUUGCGCUGAAGCCCCUAAAUUUGGAUUUCAAGCGGUGCGAACGGGAGAUUGCGCGACUCCAGUGGAUGCCCAUCGCGGAGUAUCUGGAGCAUCCGCAGGUGCACCAGACGAACCGGCAGUUCGUCACCACGUUUCUGGACUACGAGAAGCGCGGCCUGACCAUCACCUGUCGCGACGAUGUCCACCAGGUGCUCAAGAAGAAGUACAGCCUGUAUUACGUGGAGCGGGAGCAGCAGCAGCAGCAGCAGAAUGAUCAAGAGAACUCGUGAGACUUGACGGUCCAGUGGCAAAAUCCUUAGUGCAAUUUCAAUUAAGUUUCUUUUCACCAACACGGCAGCUGCACAAGUGCACAUUGAAAUGUUCAUAAUGUAGUUAAAUAAAAGCUAUUUUUUUUAUAUAUGUAUUUACAAUAUCACACGA